AUGAAAAAUACUAUAAACGAUGUACAAAGUGCCGAAAGUAAUGUUUCGAACUCUGUAAAAUUAUCUCAAAUGACAACCCCUAAAAAUUUGAAAGUAUCGCAAAAAAAACGGACGCCUGGAUCAUCAAAAUUUCAUGAAAAUGAAGAUAGAACUCAAGAGGUUUUCGAAAUGAUGAAAUCUAUAAAUGAAAGUCGCACAGAACGCAGCCAAAUUGAUGAUUUUGACGCGUUUGGUGAUGUAGUGGCACGCAAAGUACGCGGUCUUCGUACGCAUUAUGCACAAUGCACAAUUCAACAUUUAAUUAAUAAUCUUUUAUACGACGGCGAGUUGGGAAAGUAUGAUUUUCCGCCACAAACAUUCGAAGUUCCUACAAACUACAACAACUAUAUCGGUGGAUCUGCUGCAGCUUCGACCUCUAGUAUUCAGACUGUGACAUCUGCGGCUAACGGAAACUACUAUCACGAUGAAUCUUCAUCUGCGUCAACAAUUCCCUGCUCUAAUCCUCCAAGUGUCCAAAAUUUGACCGAUCCAACUGUAGAAGUAGAACUAUGGGGAAUGGAAGAGGAAAUCCAUUUUAAUAAAUGA